UUUGACAGCGGGGUCCGAACUCCAAACUUUUCGCUCAGAAAUGAACUUUUUUCGACAACACGGCAGCUUUCUGGCGUCAUGUAGCGCUGGGGCGGUUCUCUGCUUCAUGUACUGGCGAAUGACAAACAGGAUAAUGAAAGAACUGCAGAGUCUGGAAGGGGUCAUAGAACAUUUGCAGAGACAGGUUGCGGAGUUGAAGGAAAAGGUUGAGAGUUCCAGCAGUGGGGCCCGCCGAAGACGGACACGCCCCGGCAGCGGCUUCAUCACUGCCAGCAGCGGCGAUGAUGAUGAUGAUGAAUAUGAACAGGCUUAUGGGGGGAGUGACUAUGAUUCCUUGCAUGAAAUCGAAGACCAGAUAAUAGUUCCAGUGAGAGAGCCUGACAGCCCACAGGGAGAGGAAGGGGAGGGAGGUGACAUUUUCAAGGAGGUGGAUCAGCUGCUGGAAGGGAGGGAUGCUGAUAAGGAGAAAGCCUUUGAUAUAUUGCAGAGAAACAGGAACAAGCACUUGACAGAUGUUGAGUAUUACUGGCGAAUAUCAAAGACGACUUUCCAGAUAUCUCAGAUCGUCGGAGCUCAGGGGGAUGCAGAAAGAAAGAAACGGCUCAUCUACGAGGCUAAAGACCUCGCUCAGACUGCAAUAGACCUGGACAACACCUGCGCUAAUGCUCACAAGUGGUUUGCCAUCACAAUAGGCAGUGUGGGAGAAUAUGAGGGCACCCAGCAGAAAAUACAAAAUGGAUACAUUUACAAGGAGCACAUAGAGAAAGCAAUCAGUAUUAACCCGGAUGAUCCGUCCAACCACUACCUCCUGGGUAGAUGGUGCUGGAGUGUAUAUAUGUUAUCGUGGCUGGAGCGUAAGGCGGCGGCCACCCUGUUUGCUACCCCACCCUCUGCAACCAUUGACGAGACACUCACACACUUCCUGAAGGCCGACAAGCUCAAUCCUGGAAAGUGGAAGGAAAAUAUACUGUUUAUAGCAAAGUGCUACAUUGAGAAGAGGGCUUACAAACAAGCGGUGGAAUGGCUGAACAAAGGGCAGCAAAUACCAACUGUUAGUCAGGAUGACAAACAGUCUGCAACAGAGAUUACAGCUUUGUUAUCAAAGUACCAGGGAUAUUAACAUCAUGUGCUCAUAUCUCUCCUAUUUUCAUACUAUUUAUCAGUUAUUGUUUCAAUGAAAUGUGCUAGUAUUGGUGACUGAUAAAUGUGUAAUAUUGUGUUUGUACACUUCUUGUAUGUUUUGUUGAACAUAACUUGAAUUAAUGUACAAACGGCCAUACCAAUUUAAUUUUUUGCUCUACAUAUUUUGGUCAAUAAAAUCUGGAUUGAGGGAGCAAAAUAAAAUCCAUUUAUCCAUUUUGAUUAAAAACAGGAGAGGGUGAAGCCAUUUUUACAAUAUUAUUAAUAUAAUUAAUAUUUAAAAGACUAAUCCUAUAUAAUUACAAAAUCAUUCACCCUUUCCAGUGUAAGGUUUGUUUAACUCUUUCUUCUUUGGAAGAGGGGGGGGGGGGGGUUAUCAGUCACUCUAGUAAAAUUGUGUAUUGUCUGAAUUAGUAGGUACAGUAAUUCCAUAAACAAAACCUCAAUUUUGUGUGGUCUAAUGAUUAAUUCACCGUCUACAAAUGUUGGUGAGAAUGUUUCAUACAUGUCUUUUCUCGUUUGUUGCCAUACACAAACAUCAUCAAGCUGCUUGUGUUCUGGAAACAAUAGAGAGGUUGCAAAACACUGCCUGUAUGAGUACGUCUAUGUGUGGACUUAUUUUGGUGCACGAGGUCAUCCAGGUAUAUGGACAUUGUACAAGCUUAGGAUUACAUGUAUGAUAGCGCCAGGAAAGCGAUUUAUGCCAUUACAGCAAGUCUACAAGUUAGUUUAAAUAGGAAUAAAGUGAACCACUUCCAAAUUCAACUGCAACUUUGAUCUGUACCUGUAGCUACACAAACAUUUUCAUGUACAAGUCAUGAUUUAUAAACUCUGUUAUAUUUUAUAGUUCAUGUCCGGAUAUUGUUGAAAAUUAAUACAUGUAUUGUUUUAAUCUAACGAUUAAUGUAUUAAUAAGUUCAUGUAAGUCUCAAACGUUUUUUGUGAUAUUUUGGGGACCAAAGAACUAUGUGCCAUUUCAUCUCAAUUCAUGAUAGAUAAGAAUGAAUACAGGCCUCAACAUAACUAACAUAUUAUCCAGUGAAUUUAUUAGGCUGUGUGACUUCAUUUAUCAGGCCAGUGUAUCAUAAAAUGUGAUGGUCUAACAUUUAUAAGGUAAUUUGUAUUCCUCCAUUUUAAUAAUUUGUCUUUAUUCCUAAUACAUGAACGAACACUUACACUAUUUUUGUAAUAUAAAUCAUACAUUUAUUUUUGUAAAUCUGUAGACAUGUUUAUACAAUCAUUCUUUAAUUUGUGAAGAAAUGGUUGUUUGGAUACAAUGGUUGUUUAUUUUGCAUUAGUUGUAUAAACCUGUUGCUUUUGAAUACUGUAAGGUCUGUGACAUCAUGUUAAUGGCAAUGUCUUUUAUAAGCAGUUAAAAAAAUAUUUUUCUGCAACAUUGUUAGAGAUUAUGUUCCCUUUUCUUUAAAUAGAAAUCAGUCUCCGACUGUGUUUCAGAUCAGUUUGCGUCUACUUGAGUAGAGAAUGAGACAUAUUUUUAGCUCACCAGAGCAUGAAGUGCUCAAGGUGAGCUAUUGUGAUCGGUCUUCGUCCAUCGUCAGUCCGUCCAUCAACAAUUGCUUCAAAAACAUCUCUGAAACUACCAGGAAAAUUCAAUGAAACUUUACUGGUAGCUUCAUGGCAUUACCCUUUACAAAUAUAAAACAAGGCAUCGUCUACAGUAAGGAUAUGUUUAAAUGGCAACAAUUAUAUUUAGCUUUAUCACAGAGUGGUGGCCCUUUGCAUAGGUGAGCGUUUUAGGGCCAUCUUGGCCCUUUUGUUUAAAUUCAUUUGUAUAACUACAGUACCGGGUACCCCUGUUGGCAAAGUUUUCAAAACUGUGAUAAAUGCUUACAUUACUAAACAUUAUGUUCUAUAUGAUUGAGAUUGUCUGCCUAUUUAUUCUAGAUACUUUUACCAACCUUAUCCAUUCAGAGUUGAUCCAGGAUUGUACAUUUGGUGCCAUGAAUUUAACUACAUAAGGUAUAUUUGUGACUGCUUUUCAGGCACAUCAUUGUUUUUAUGUCCAUCUAUUUUGUUAAAAUCAAAAUUCUGUCUUUGUACCACUCGGGUAUAUGCAUGUGCAAUUGGAUGUUCAUACCUUACAAGUAAACAGCAAUAGAUAUUUAAAGCCUGUUAUAUAAAAAUAAUCAUGCAUGUUUAUUUGAGUUUUUAUGACAAUCUAUUUCAGUGCAAAGUGUAACAAAUUUGUGAUGUCUUAUGAAGCCCUUAAUGAUUGCUGUUGAUGAUGCCUGUGAUGUUACUUAAUGUUACCCAUUGUUGAAAGCAUAAAGGGGACAUUAAAGCGCAUUCUACGACGGUUGUUACCUUCAUGCCAAUACUACUUGCUGCUCAAAUUUAAAGAAACAUGCUUCAAAUACUACGAAUAUUCAUCUGUUGUUUUAACAGAAGUAAAACAUUUAAUUUGCAAUCUGAUGUUUGAUGUAUAUGUUGAAUAAAAUACGUUUAGACUU